AUGGAGGUAGUUGGCGUCGCCGCUAACAUCAUUGCCGUCGUUGAUAUAUCCGUCAAGGUUAUAUCAUGGUGUUCUCAGUACGCCAAAGACGUCAAGCAUGCAAAGGCAGAGGUCCAGCAGUUACGCAAUGAGGUAGAUCAGCUGCGACAACUUACCGAAAAUGUCCGCCAUCUUCUUCAUGGCCCAGCCGGCGCAAGGCUUCAGAGCUCUCGAGAAUUGGGCGGCGCCAUUCAGUCCAGCCUUGAUCUGCUCGUUCAAUUGGAGCACACCCUUCAGCCAGGCUCGAGCCGCAAGGUCAUGUCCCGUAUUGGCCUCCGAGCUUUGAGAUGGCCAUUCCAGUCUAGUGAAUGCCGUACCAUAAUCGAAGGCAUUCGUAAUUGCUCAGCGAGCCUCUCUUGGGCGCUUCAAGUGGACCAAACGUAGGCAUUUUGGACCAAUCGAGGUGACAUCAUUUGACUUACUCAUAGUACCAUCUUACUUGAUGUCGAUAAUAAGAUCGAAAAAGUUGACGAUAAGAUCGACAAAGUGG